AGGAAGUAGUCGAAGCUGUUCUUCAGGCAAGCUCUCGAGCAGACGGCUCGGCAAGUAAAACAUGAGCUUUCUCUUUGCACCUCUGCUGCUUGGAGCACUGCUAUCGGCUUCAGGUAAGGGUACUUCACCUAAAGCAAUAUGCACGCGUUGAUACUGUGAGUCUAGAGAGGGAAACAGCGGUAAGCCACGUGCACGGUUGAUCCCGGUGGAUUUGGCAGAAAAUAAUUUAUUUCCUCUCUGAAACUUGGCUGUCGCGAGGCAAAUCUAAGCAGUGUUGCGUUGUUACUUUUUCCGCAAUUGGCAGCAUCCUUAUGUUAAGAUCUAAACUCGAUCUUUCAAUUUGCACAUCUGAUAUUUGAAAACUAAGAUCAAUGGUAGCAAUAUUGGCUGACAGUUACAAUGGUCGGGAAGAAGCUAAUAAAUAUAAAACAAGGAGCUUUUGAAAGUGAAAGUCAUGCGUAAAUUUUGGUUUACGGGUGGGUUAAGAUUUAUUCUCCGCCAGCUGUUCUUUAUUCAGGCGAGUUCGGAUAUGAAUAACAAAACGAAAAAGACCCAUUCACCCGAUAGAAUCACAAACCAAGAUAACGGUAGCUUAAAUGAUGACUGCAGCUUUGCAAGAGUUUGCAAAGCUCAGAAAUAGCAAAAGGUAUCUCCCCGUACAACUUUUCUUCAUAAACAAUACUCUCAUCUAAAUAUCCAGAUUAGAAAAUUUAAAAGUAAAACCCUUAGAAAAUAAACUUCAUAGAAGCACCCUUCAAUGAAACUAUAGCAGUACUCAAAAGCAAGUGGUCUUUCUUAUUGUCUAUAAUGUAAAAUGAAAUCUAGUUAACGACGAUCUUGUAUGGACACAAAAAGCACCUCUUCCACUCGGCUCGAUCAUGACUUAAAUAGCUCUCAUUCGGCUGCCACUCGUUUAAAUAAUUGUUUUGCGGCGAGUUCUAUUACGAGAGUGUUUACUUUCUAUUAUCAGAACUUGUAGAAAUUUAAUUCAAUUUAAAAGGCAAAUAGAGAUCGCUUAUCUGAUGUCGUGUCAUUUAAUAGACGCCUAGAAGGUUAAACAUUUUCCUGGUUACUCGUUUACGCGAAUUGUUUUCAUCGUAUUGGGAAAUGAGUCCUAGACAGUUUGGGAAUUCGAAGUCGAUUACGGUAGGAAUUUCAUACUCGGACUUGUUACGGGUGGUCAUAUAACCAAAUCAUUUUCAGCAUACGUUAUGGACAUCGAAAGAGGCCGAAGGCUUCGGUGAAGUGAUCUAUUAAUAACGAAGAGACAGUUCAACGGUGAUCGUAUCAAUACACGACUUAAAACUAUCAUGAAACGGAAACACCCACACUCAGAUGGAAUACUUCCAAACCACAUUUCGCUUUUGACAAUGAAUCAACUGUCACCUGUUCCCCUUAAAAGGAAGUCAUGUGGAUGAUAAAUUGAGUUUAAUUGAGUUCAACUCAAUUUAUCAUCCACAUGACUUCCUUUUAAGGGGAACAGGUGACAGUUGAUUCAUUGUCAAAAGCGAAAUGUAGUUUGGAAGUAUUUUCACCAUGAGUCAUGAACAGUUAGAUGGACGAAAGUGAAACAAGCGAACUACACGGAUCCUGGUCAUUUAGCUUCAAAUGGAAAGCAAAUUGGAUUUCAUAAUUGAGCUAGGUUUUUGCAAAUGUAGACAUCUGAAGACUCAUAUUGAACGAUGACAUGUGUAUCACACAAUCAAGUUACGUUUGUAAUAUAAAUGUAAAUAUUUAAAGACUCAACAACUAGAGACAGGUCAACAUAUCUUUAGCAUAAAUGUUAAUCGAGUCGUUGUUUCUGCACAAAACUAAUCAAUAUUUUCGCAGAUAUUUACAAGCAAGCUUUUUAAUUAAUCAUGAUCUUCGUUUAACUACAACAAGGCUUAGUUUUCCCUACACAAGCUGUGACUGAGAAGUAGAAAAAGAGGUUUAAUUGAAUGCGAGCAGAAUGUUUGAAAAGUGGAAAUGAAUUCAGUUGACCUUUAUCAUCAAAGUAAUUAAAAACCACGUGUAGAAAUUUGCAUGAAGUCAAACAAAUAAAGGAUGUGGGACUUACAAGCAGAACCUAAUGGAAAUUCAAGAGAACGGAAGACGACUGAAACUCUAUUCCCUCUCUAUUCCCUUCCCGUUUUUAACUCUAGCUCCCAUGACUCAGCACAAGUCAUCUGGGUAAGAAAGUGCGAUUGUAGCAGUCUACGGCAAUAAAAAUAAAAAUUUGUCACCCAACAAAUGAAAAAGACUUUUGAUAAACAAUCACCUUUUUGCGCUCUCCUUUUCUCGUCUUAUUUCAAAAGUUUGACUGUUUGAAGAGGUUAGUGAUCACUGAUCAUUGCCAACACUUAAUCAGUGUCUUUUCAAGCUAAAUGAACCUUAAAGACUAUCAAGAAAGGAAAACGAAUCCUUGCCAUAUAGAUGACAGAGAUUUCAGCGCUUCCCUGAGUUCUUUAGAUUCAAGAUCAUGGAAGAAAAAGGUAAAUUGGUUGCGUUACUAUUCCUCGGACUCCUUUUCGAUUCACAAAGCGUUAGAGUCUUUCAUAAAGACAGGGGAGAGUCUACCUUACACCACGAUGUCCUUUCUUCGCUAGGGAAAGCAAUAGGAGCGCAGUUGCUGAUAAUUCAUGUACUUCAGUUUACCUUAAUCCUGUUCGCAAAGUGCCUGAAAAGGAAUGUUGAUCAUCGCGUAGAAUGCUGUUACGACGAAAAAUACAGCAACUUCUGUUCGCCGUCGAAACUUUGUGUUAUUAUCAAGACCUUCUCGCCAUGCGACUGAGAAUGAGUAUUGACCCAUUGUCAUCAUUAUUUUUCAUCAUAUUUGAUUCAAAUUUCUUUUAUCGGGUAUUACUACUCUAAAGCCCAGUGUUUCGGCGGCCAACAAGGUUGUGAUAGCAAGAAAAGGUUCCAAUGUAACCUUGAUUCCGCCUUGCCAGGAAGGUUACAUCUCUUACAACCUCAGACUCCUGAGAAAUCAAAGGACUAGAAUAAAUAAAAAGUUACAACAGGGUAGAAAUUCUUUCGCCACACUGCUGAAAAAAGACUAAUUCGUACCACAGUGGCUGACUUCAGUCUUACCAAAAGUUUUUUUUAAAGUGUUAAACGAUAAAAAUACAACUAUAUUUAAUCUGAAAUAUCGUAAGGGUUUCCUUAUAUUGGUAUCGGGGAAAGGAGUGGAAAUAUUAUAUUACUUUAAACCAUUCCUGCAAAAAUUAUAAAAAGGCAGGUCGGUGAGCUCUUAUUCCUUUUGGAGGUCUUAUCUCAAGGGUGGAGUUUGGUCACGUUUUCCUCGUUAUGAUCGUGAAGUUGACAUGGAAACAGUUGUUCAGUUUCUACGGUAAUUAGAACUCGUGACAGUGUCUUGGGAAAGUUAUGUUAUUAAUUAAGUUAAUUUGUUGGUCCAGGAAGAGUGAAUCUCUCUGGUAAAAGGUCACGUUCGACACCUCUCGUUCUUAAAGGUGUAAACAUGUGAUACCCUUCAUGUUUUGCAAUUAGAUAGUUAUUAUAACUAGCACGUAGCAACUUGGGGGCGGUACUUGUGAACGCCCCUUCUUCUCCAACUUUUGUGAUCAUAAUGUUGUCAUUUAACGGUCUUCUAAGGCAAUUUUCUGUUAAGAUACCUCUUCAGAUGUACAUACAUACAUACAUACAUAUACUAUUUGUUAAGGCAGGUCGGUUUGCGGCAACCUAAAGGCUGGUGUGGACCUGCCGACAACUUAAUUUAAAAAAAACUAUAUUUAUUUAAAAUCUUGAAUAAAAUAAAUUAAUUAAUUAAUUAAAAUUUAAAAACUAAAAAUAUAAGAAAUCUGAUCGUUUUGAUGUUAUCAGACAGGCCUCUUUUUCGAAUUGGAGUUGGUCCUGUAUCUUGGAGGCUUGUCUAAGUUUUUGUUUAAAAAGUUGAUAGGAUGAAGCGUCCUUGAUGGCUCUAGGGAUUAAAUUCCAAACGAUGGGUCCUCUAUAUCUUGCACUAUUUCUGCCAAUGUUGCUAUUGUACCGUACAUGCGAGAAGUGAUUUGUGCGCCUUAAAUUAUAAUUAGUAUUAGUGUUGCAAGUUUCGAAGAGGGCUGUGAGUUGAUCAGGUAAGCUAUUAUGAUAGAUCUGGUACAUUAUAGAAGCGAGCCUACGCUUGUAAAUAUAGACUAGAGGUUUCCAUUUUACAAGGUCGAGAACGUCAGUGUCAGGAGUUUCGGUAGGGAGUUUGUGAACUAGUUUGGCUGCUUUCAGGUGCAGAUGUUCUAAAAUAUAGAAUGUAGAUGUGAAUAAUAUUCUGUCAGUAGGUUAGUUAUGAUUUUUAUAUUACCAAUCUCGUUUCUGUUCUGGCCAAUCUUAACUGUAAGAAUAAGAAAAUUUAAGGUUUUGAUUUUGUAACUGCGUAAAUAACUCGAAGGCGCAUACCUAGUAAGCAGGAACUGUCAUACGUAACCUAACAUGAUUCGCUGGCUGAGAUGGAACGAUGACGAUACAAGAAGAUUGACCGCUUAGUAGUGUCAUCUGCAGUGUCACCUUUAUAAAUGAUGACCCUCGCUUUUCUCAUUAGAUAGGAGUUAGUCCCCGUCGUAAGAACUUGAGAAGAAAAGAGAUUAAGGAAGAAUCAACCAAACAAACAACGAGCGUUAGAGAUUUUACAUCUAACAAAAGCCACAGACUGGGAAAUGAAUGUAUAAGUAUAUACAAAUAAUUUGUGUACCGCCUUCCUUUGAAGCUAUGCACUCUCAUCUCGUCCAACUAAGAGAGCGACUACAAACUGCUCUUGUGUUCAUGAAAGUUUUAAUUUCGUAUUGUUUCUUUUACCUUUUUCUUAAAUCAGGCGUUAUUGCUCUGAAGCCCAAGAUCUCCGUGGUCGAUAAAGCUGUUGUUGUACGAAAAGGUUCCACAGUAACCUUGAUGUGCUCUGCCACGAGGGUUAGAAGACUUACAACCUCAAGCUCUUGGGAAUUCAACGGACAAGAAAUAAAGAAAAGAAACAACAAAAUUAUAAUACCAGAGCCACACUAUCAGACAAAUAAAAGAAAAGGAAACUUUACUUUAACCAUCAAGAAUGUUUCGGACACAGAUGUUGGUACAUACACCUGCAAAGUCUCCAAAAUACACCUUGACAGGAUGCUUGAGGCAAAGGAAAAUAUAGAGGUGUCAAUUCAGGAAGAAUGUGAGUUUAAACAACAUUUUUCUUCUCGUUUACCUUAAAAGGUGCUGCAGCUCAUUCUCAUUUUUCGUCACUUAGGGGAGAAAGGAGAAUAACAUCCGGUCUUCAUGACAACCAACACAUCACAGACACACGUCCCUCACUCCCUGGAAAGUCUCUUGAGUUCCUUCCAUCUCUCCAUCCCUCCCUUCCUCGUUCUCCACCCCAUCCAAGACAAUAGAAAUGUGAGAGCCCGUUUAGCGUCUAUCUCUUUUUUAACCUUAUGAAUCGCAUACAUGUAACGUGAAUUAUUCAGGCUGAGUUUGGAAAAACGCAGAAAGCGUGAUGAAACCGUGAUGUGUAAAAUUGGUGUCUUGCCAUUAGGGUAUUCUUAUCAAAUCAAUGUCACUCUUCAUUGGGGCGGGUAUCGAAGGCAGGCUCAACUCCAUACGUAAACUGCAAGGUUCUCAUCUCAGAUCUACUUUCAUGUGUAUCUGAAAGAGCACAUAAGUCAAUCCAUUACCGAUACUUUUUUCUUCUAACAGUACUCAACGUCACUUCCAUGCAGACGAACAUCACCCUCGACGAAGGAAGCACAACAACUCUCAAUUGCAGUGUCAUCUUUUCAGAAGCUUUCGCUGUGGAUAAGUACUGGCUUUUGAACGGAAAAAUAGCAUCUAAACCUGAAGUAUUGCACCAAGAAGUGAAUGGCAUGUCCAUGGCAAACAAAGUUAAACGACUCAGCAUAACGCUGGAACUGAAACAUGUGACCCUCGCCCAAAGUGGAAUCUACACAUGUGGUGCAAACUCCACCAUUGGUUUAAAAACACACGACAUAGCUGUGAACAUACGUGACACACAAGGUCCAGAUUUAGAAUUCACACAGAAAACUAAAUCGUAUGUUGAAAUUACAAACGGUACAAAUGUUACGUUAAGUUGUCUCGGAAUUUACCCAGCAGCAUUGUUUGAUGAGACUUUCUGGCUUUUUAAUGGCAGCCAAAUAAAAAGUAACAAGCACUUUGAAUUGAACAAUGGUUUCGUUGAGAACAAUGAGGAAAAUAUUAAAAGGAGACUUCUCAGCUUAACGAUAUACAACGCUGGGGUUGAAGAUAGUGGAAAGUACGAGUGCGUGCUCAACACUUCACAUGGCUUGCGGAGGAAAAACAUCAAGGUUUAUGUGACAUUUUUCCCAGGUAAGGGUUUCUUUUCUAUUCGCUCCUGAUCUUUUACUGCAAUAAAAACAGCGACUCCUUUACGCAAAGUGCCUGAGAGGAAUGUUGAUGAUCGUGUAGAAUGCUGUUACGACAAAAAUAUAGAAACCUCUGUUCGCCUUUGAAACCUUGCGUAAUUAUCAAGACCUUCUCGCCAUGCGACUGAGAAUGAGUAUUGACCCAUUGUGAUCAUUUUUUUUCAACAUAUUUGAUUCAAAUUUCUUUUAUUGGGUAUUACUACUCUAAAGCCCAGUGUUUCGGCGGCCAGCAAAGCUGUACAUCUCUUACAACCUCAAACUCCUGGGAAAUCAAAGGACUAGAAUUAAUAAAAAGUUACAACAGGGUAAAAAUUCCUUAGCCACACUGCUGAAAAAUGACUAAUUCGUACCACAGUGGCUGACGUCAGUGUUACCAGAAGCAUUAUUUUUAAAUACACAGACUGGGGAACGAAUGUAUAGGUACAAACAAUUCGUGUCCCGAUUUCCUUUAAAGCUAUGUACCCUCAUCACUUCUAUCUCGGAAAUUAAGCGACUGCUGACUGCUCGUGUGUCAAUGAACCUUUUAAUUUCGUAUUUUUUUUCUUACCUUUUCUUAAAUCAGAUCUAAAGCCCAGGAUCUCGGUGGUCAAUAAGACUGUUGUUGCACAAAAAGGUUCCACAGUAACCCUGAUAUGCUCUGCCACGAGGGUCAUACAAAAUAAAACUUCAAGCUCCUGGGAAUUCAACGGUCAAGAAAUAAAAAAAAGAAACAACAAAAUAAUAAUACCAGAGCCACACUAUCAGAAAGACAAAAGAAAAGGAAACUUUACUUUAACCAUCAAGAAUGUUUCGGACACAGAUGUUGGUACAUACACCUGCAAAGUCUCCAACAAACACCUUGACAAAAUGCUUGUGGCAAAGGAAAAUAUAGAGCUGUCAAUUGAGAAUGGUGAGUUUAAUCAACAUUUUCCCUCUUUUUUACAUUAAAAGGUACUGCAGCUCAUUCUCAUUUUUCGUCACUUAGGGGAGAAAGGAGAAUAACAUCCUGUCUUCAUGAAAUGAAACACAUCACAAAAACACUUCCCUCACUCCCUGGAAAGUCUCCCCAGUUCCUUCCAUCUCUCCAUCCCUCCCUGCCUCGUUAUUCACCUCAUCCAAGAUAAUGGAAAUGCGAGAGCCCGUUUCUAUUUUACCCCUAUGAAUUACAAAUAAUUAACGUAAAUGAUUCAGGCUGAAUUUCGAAAACGCAGAAAGCGUGAUGGAACCGUGAUGUGUAGAAUUGGUGUCUCGUCCAUCAAGGUAUCCUUCUUAAAUCAAUGUCACUCUACAUUACGGCGGGUAUCGAAGGCAAACUCAACUCCAUACGUAAAAUACGAGGUUCUCAUCUCAGAUCUACUUCCAUGUGUAUCUAAAGGUGCACACAAGUCAAUCCAUUACCUAUACUUUUUUCUUCUAACAGUACUCAACGUAACUUCCCCGCAGACAAAGAGGGUAAUAUGGUACCACUCCCUGUUAAUUCACAUUUAGUUUUUUUUUUUUCAAACAAAAGAGACAAGUCGUCUAAUGCUAAGCUGGAGUCUGCAUAAGAGACUACCCAGCAUAACCACUGCAGACUCGUUUCACUUUCCACUCGGGGAAACCUGCUAAAGGUCUGGUGCUGAUUUUAAUUCUUAAAAUUUUUUUGAAUCACAGAAAGCGAUCAGGAUGUUGAUGCCCCAGUAAACACGGUGAAAGAAGAAAACAAGCGCUUACAGUUAGCACUAUAUAUAUCUCUGGGACUGUUCGCUGGAGUGGUAGUUACCAUAGGAAUUUUGGUCAAGUUAUAUUAUAAAAGAGAACCUAAAACUCUUCCAUCAAGUAAGCGAACGCGUAUUCUUAUAUGCACGCAGAGGUACAGGCGUCUUAUAAAAACGGAAGACGUAUACGACCCAACGUUUUAUGUCCGCGAAACUUCAACUCCCUCGUCCACCAAAAUUCCGCAAUGGCGAUCACAAUUUUUGCGUGGAAACUGACCACGUGUAUGAUCGCCAAAAAAGGAUGUCUUGAGUGAAGACUACGCUCGUUUACAUUAAAAUCAAUGAGAAAAAAAUAGCAUAUUCUUGGCGGAGGAAAAUAGUCAGCGAAAAAGUCCUAGAGACUUCAGUUACUUGAUUAGAGAAAAGGAAAAAGAAGAACAUCGUAGAAAUAUGACCUAGCUCUUACGAAACUCAGUCGAAAAGUGCCCUAACACCAAAUUCUCAGGACUAUCCACGAAGGAAAUAUUUAUUUAUGGUGGUUGGAGGAGCUAGCUAUGAGAUAUUUCGCGUUUUUCAAAUAUUUUGAACAGUUUUGCGUUUAUUUAACCUUUUUUUGAGUAUCUGUAUUGCGUUUGUGAAUUUUUUCAACUACACAACGGUUUUAGUCGUAAUAUUUGUUAACAAAGAAUUCUAAAAAUUUUCUCUUCUUAGUAAAACCUGUCCCAAAUGAUGAACCAAUCUACGAAUAUGACGUCUUUAUCACCUACAGCAGGAAAGACUCUAAUUGGGUGGAUAGCAAGCUACUAAGCUUGUUGAGUGAAAACCAGGUCAAGUACUGCAUCGAUAAGAUGCAUUUCAAACUUGGUUAUCCCAUUCUGGAUUCUAUCGCCGAUAGUGUGUACCAAAGCCGUUACGUGUUGGCAGUGUGGUCGGGGAGUUAUGCAGCCAGCAGAUUUUGCAAGCAAGAGCUCGACUAUGCCUUACACAAAAGUUUUCAUUACAGUGAUUACUCAGUAAUAUUGAUCGGUCUCGAAUCGAUUAGUCUCAAAAAGUUACCGAAACCAUUACGAGCAAGAACAUUUCUCAACUAUUCUGACAGUGUUGAUAGAGAAGGAUGGGAAAAACGGCUCGUAAAGCAUCUUAAAAGAUCUGUACCUGAAAAGUAUGUGCAUGUGCUAGGAACUCCUGUCUGACUACAUACAUUGCGUUACGACACAGACAUCUGUUAUUUGUCGGUGUUUCCUUUAAGUGUUUACUUUCUUUAGAAAGACAUAUUUUUGUUAUUUCCCUCACAUUGAAGGUGACUUCACAAGCCAUGGCGAACGAGUCAAGAUACCUUGUAUAUGCUAAAGUUAGUAGUUAUAAAAAGCAUGAUAUCUGUGCAAAAAAAUUGAUGGGGACAAUGAAAGUAAGAGCAAAUUGUUUAUUUGGCAUUGAAUAACUUAAUGGGUCUUCUCAGUCUAAAACCAGACCGUUGGUGAAGAUAAACGCCUCCGCGAGAAAUUUAAUUGAAAAUUCUGUUUUCCAUAUUGAAAAACGCCAGUUACAAGCGGAAAAUU